GGAUAUGACAUCAGCUUUCUGAUCACCAACUUCCACACAGAACAGAUGUACAAACACAAGUUGGUGGACUUUGUGAUCCACUUCAUGGAGGAGAUCGACAAGGAGAUCAGUGAGAUGAAACUGUCAGUCAACGCCCGUGCACGCAUCGUGGCUGAAGAAUUCCUCAAGAACGUAAGUGGAGUCCUUCCUGGUGUCCUGCCGGGUGGGACAAGCCCUGGGCUGUGUGGUAAACUUAGCAUCUGAUGGGAAAGCGGUGCCUGCAGGUUGUUCACGUCUCCCAAGGCUGCGGGUUCUCCGGUUCAUGGACAGUUACUUGUUGCCUUGGAGUGGAAAGGCCCGGCCUGUGGUUCAUCUUUGAGUGAUGCAGAGUAUGGGAUAUUAAUCAGAUCCACUACUCACAGAUUUAAAUACUUCUCUUUAAAAUCUGUUUCUCAGGCACUAAGGGAUAAUUUCUUCAACCUCUUUCCGAUUGCUUUCAGGGUUUUGGGCCUCCAGGUUUUUCUGAAAUUGUGGCUUUUUA